ACUAAUCCUGUCUUUAAAUAGAUGUAACCUAAAUGUUAAGAUAACCACCUGUUUCGUAGAACUUGCUGGGGGCAGGACACAGCCUGAAGAAGUCAACAUAGGGAACCAAUUACCUCGGUGUGGAUGCCUUGAACGUCUAUUUCCGCUCGGGUCAGUCUACGACGCGCUGUCUGCGCUUGUGAAAUGCACACAUCAACAAGGAGAUACACCAUUUCUCUCCAUAGCAGUUGUCUCUAGAAACACCUCUACUGCUCGCGACUACCUACCAGAAUGAAUGUGGGUGUGGCACACAGUGAGGUGAACCCAAAUACUCGGGUCAUGAACAGUCGAGGGAUCUGGCUGACCUACGCGCUUGGUGUUGGAACACUUCACAUUGUGCUCUUGAGCAUUCCCUUCUUCAGCGUGCCAGUGGUGUGGACUCUAACUAAUGUCAUACACAACUUUGGAAUGUAUGUGUUUAUGCAUGCAGUGAAAGGCACACCCUUUGAGACCCCUGACCAAGGAAAAGCCAGACUUCUUACACAUUGGGAACAGCUUGACUAUGGAGUGCAGUUCACUUCAUCUAGAAAGUUCUUCACCAUCUCCCCAAUCAUUCUAUACUUCCUGGCAAGUUUCUACACAAAGUAUGACACAGCGCACUUCGUCAUAAACACUGCCUCACUUUUGAGCGUCCUGAUUCCCAAGCUGCCACAGCUACACGGAGUGAGGCUUUUCGGCAUCAACAAGUAUUAAGUUCUAGUAAACGCUGUGCCUCAUAGCAACAUGAGUGAA